AUGGGACUCGGUCAGUCCAGCAGGACGUCGGUCAGUGACGACCCAGAGGAGGUCAACUUUGACCACUUUCAGAUCUUGCGGGCCAUUGGUAAAGGCAGUUUUGGGAAAGUAUGCAUUGUCCAGAAAAAGGACACUGUCAAGAAAAUGUACGCCAUGAAGUAUAUGAACAAACUCAAGUGCGUGGAGCGCAGGGCACGCAAUGUCUUCAAAGAGCUCCAGAUCAUGCAGAACCUGGAGCACCCGCUCCUGGUCAAUUUCUGGUACUCGUUUCAAGAUGAGGAGGACAUGUUCAUGGUGGUCGACCUGCUGCUGGGAGGAGACCUGCGCUAUCAUCUACAGCAGAACGUUCACUUCACAGAGAGCACGGUCGAGCACUACGUGUGUGAGAUCGCCCUCGCUCUGCACUACCUGCGCAACAAACACAUCAUCCACAGAGACAUUAAGCCAGACAACAUUUUGCUGGACGAGCACGGUCAUGCUCACCUGACAGAUUUUAACAUCGCUGCUAUUGUGAAGGAGGACUUAAAAGCCACCUCUAUUGCAGGGACGAAACCAUACAUGGCCCCAGAGCUGUUCCAGUCGUUCGAGGGAACACACCCGGGCUACUCGUUUGCUGUGGACUGGUGGUCUUUAGGGAUCACUGCGUAUGAGCUUCUCCGUGGACAGAGGCCGUACAUCAUGCGCACCAACACACCAGCCAAUGAGAUCCUGCAGACUUUCCACAAAGCCCACCCCUGUUACCCCGCCGCCUGGUCUGCAGGGAUCAAAUCACUCUUACGACAGCUGUUGUGUGUAGACGCCCAGAAGAGGAUUUCCAGUCUCUCGGAGCUCCAGGACCUGGAAUACCUCUCCGAUGUCAACUGGGAUGCUGUGCUUAACAAACGAAUCCCACCUGGCUUCCUCCCUAACAGGCGGCGACUGAACUGUGACCCCACAUUUGAGCUGGAGGAGAUGAUCCUGGAGUCCAAACCACUGCACAAGAAGAAGAAGAGGCUGGCGAGGAAGACGAGGGAGAGCGGCUCUGAUGGAUCUCCUCAGAACGGGCAACUCCAGCAGCGCUUAGACACCGUGCAAAGAGAUUUCAUCAUCUUCAACAGAGAGAAGUUGAGGAAAACCGGAGCAGACGCCGAGACGAACAACCUCGAUGCGGAAGAGACGAACAAAGCCAUUCAAGACGGGCAGAACAACAACGACGUGCAGCGGUGUUUAUCAGGCUAACCGAGCUCGCAGCACGUGCAUGAGAAAACCCGCCGCGGGAGGUUGUGGGUGGACCCGGCGUGACCCCGGCGUGACCCCGGUGAAUGCACAAUCACACGCAUAGAGGAAGAACCGGACCGUGAUGCUCUCUGCACCUGGCUGUGAAACGUGUGCCUUAUAGUUGAAUGGAUUUCUCUGAAGAUUUACCGCUGUCUGAUUCAGCGAGCGAACAGACUCCGGCCGCUCUCCGUGAUUUAUAAAGCUGCGCUUAACACACACACACACACACACACACACACACACACACACACACACACACACACACACACAGAGAACAAAAUGUGAAGAUACCCAGUCCAGCUCAUUAUGCCUCUGUGAUUGGUUUUGCUGUUUCUUUAGCGUUGCUGCAGAUUCAUUGCUGCCGAGUGAGACGUGGACCGCACUUUACCCAUCCAGUAAUAAUAAUAAUAAAAAAUAUUUCUUCACAGCAUCAUCUGAAAAGUGUAAGGUUUGCACGGCCCUGGAGCGCUCACACAACGUCUGGCUCGUUUGUUAAAAACAAUCUGUUGAAAAACUUUACCUGUACUUUAAAUUACGCGUUGCGUUGUGUUUUAGAGUUAGAGAAACAUGCUGGUAGACCACACGAUAAUGUCCUGGAAGCAUUUACCAGUGCAUCUGAUCGACCAAUGCAGCUCUUAUUUUGAAGUUUGCUUUAAAAAAAAAAAAAAUAUAUAUAUAUAUAUAUAUAUAUAUAUAUAUAUAUUACAAUGAAUCGAUAUCGCCAUCUAGUGGUCAUGUGAAAAUAAAAUAUUCCCCACAAUGCUGUUGAACGACAACAAUCCUGAGAAAUACUCAAAAUGUCCAGUUUUGCCAUGGAGUGAUUGCAGGUAAAGUGAUCCGGAUCAUGUGUGUUAAUAAAAAUCAUUUUGGUUAAAUAAGGAAUGCCCUUCGGUUCCUGAAAGCAUUUUUUACAGAAAGCAUGAUCUAAAAAGCUUUCUUAGUCUACAACAUGCAAAUAAUACUCUAGCUGGACAUUGUUAGCAAAAGUAAUCACAAAAGUAUCUAAACGACACAGACUUUACAUGCAAUCACCCUGUAUACACAUCAUCAAGUUACAUAUAAAACACCUGCUUUAUGUAUUAUUAUUAUUAUUACUGUUAUGGAAUACACAGCUAAUUGGACUUGAUAGGCUAACAACACCAUUAGCGGUUUUAAUUAAAAC